AUGAUGAGUGUGGACAAGGAGAUGGUCUCCAGAGAGGUUGACGUCGAUGCGACCGCCCAGGAUGACUGGGACAUGCAGCGGUUGGGCAAGACCCAGCAGUUCAAGAGAAACUUCCGGUUCUAUUCGAUCUUGGGCUUCACGACGACUUUGAUGGCCACAUGGGAGUCCAUUUUGCUGACAAGCACCUACGGGUUGACCGACGGCGGCCGAGCCGGGAUGGUCUAUGUAUACAUUGGUUCAUUUGUGGGAUUCUUUUCCGCGGUCAUCUCCAUGGCCGAGAUCUCUUCGAUCUCCCCAACUUCCGGUGGACAAUAUCACUGGGUCAGUGAAUUCGCCUGGCCACGCUACCAGCGCUUCUUGAGUUAUCUCACCGGAUGGCUCUCGGUGCUGGGCUGGCAGGCCGCCUUCGCCAGUAUCUGCUACCUGGUCGGUACAUUGAUCCAAGGACUUCUGGUAUUCAAUUACUCGGACCCUAACGGUUGGGUCUAUGGCUACGAGCGCUGGCACGGCACCCUCCUCACCAUCGCCAUCGCUGCCCUCGGAACUGUAGUCAACACCUGGGGGUACAAGAUCUUGCCUCCCAUGGAGGGUCUCAUUCUGGCUAUUCACAUAUUUGGAUUCGUCGCCGUCAUGGUCCCGAUGUGGGUGAUGUCUCCCGGAAAGGCCACUGGGCAGGAAGUCUGGAAGGAAUUUACCAACUCAGGUGAAUGGCCGAGCAUGGGUUUGGCUUGCUUGGUGGGCCAGCUGACCCCGAUCUUCUCUUGGACUGGUCCAGAUGCUGCGACGCACAUGGCCGAGGAGGUUCAGAACGCGGCCUUGGUCGUGCCCUGGUGUAUGGUUUCGACCGCAUUGAUCAACGGAGGACUCGGAUUCGUGAUGCUCAUCACGUUGCUGUACAAAAUGGGUCCGCUGGCGGAUGUCCUUGCCCCGGCAAGUGGCUUCUCUUUCCUGCCGGCCGUGAACCAUGCCACUGGCUCAGUCGCUGCCACCAACGGAGUGGCUGCGAUCAUUCUCAUCCUCGAAACCUGCAGCGCCAUCGGUAUUCUCGCCACUGUCUCACGCCAGACCUUUGCAUUUGCUCGUGACGAUGCCCUGCCAUUCUCAAAGCACUUGGCUCACGUGAACCGCCGGACCCAGAUCCCCGUCUGUUCGGUGCUGGUAUCCACCAUCAUCACCGUGCUAUUGAGUCUGAUUAACAUUGGAUCCACUGCGGCCUUCAACGCUGUUGCCUCUGUCAUGAUUGCUGCUCUUUUCACCACUUAUAUUCUGCCGAUUGCGGCCAUCAUCCGCACUCGCUUCCAACCAGGCGGCAUUCCCCCUUCACGCUUCACACUUGGUGCCUUUGGAUUGGCCAUCAACGUUUUCGCUCUUCUUUGGCUGUGCUUUGCCAUUAUUUUCACCUUCUUCCCGACCGCCAACUACCCAACCCUCGUGGACAUGAAUUGGUCUAUUCUGGUAUUUGGAGCGGUUGUCAUUUUCGCCAUCAUCUUGUACAUUUUCCAUGGCCGCCAUGUGUACCGGUCUCCUGUGACUCAGGUCCGCAAGGUUGAGUAG